AUGGAAGAUAAAGAUGUCUCUUCGAUACACGAGAAAGAAGUGGACGAGAACAAUAAUCCUAGAUUUAUAGAAUAUGAUGCCGAAGGUCGUGCUACUCGUAGUGAAACUACUAAGAAAGAAAAAUGGAAAAAUAUAGUUACGAUUAUUGCAUCUGGUUUCGCUUUAAUUAGUGAUGGUUAUGUGAAUGGUUCAAUGAGUAUGUUAAAUAAACUCUUCGUUAUGGAAUACGGAAAGAAAAACUAUAGUUCAAGAGUUUCGACAAGAGUUUCCAACGCAUCUCUGGUCGGUAUUAUUUUUGGUCAAUUUUUUAUGGGUAUUGCUGCAGAUUAUUAUAGUAGGAAAUCAUGUAUCCUUGUUGCUACGACUAUAUUAGUUCUUGGUAGUGCUCUGUGUGCCGCUUCACAUGGUACUACUGUACCUGGUAUGUUUUGGAUGUUAACAGUUAUGAGAGGUUUGGUAGGUAUCGGUGUUGGUGCAGAAUAUCCGACAAGUACAUUAAGUGCCAAUGAGUCUGCUAAUGAAUAUACUACAACCAAUAGAGGUGGUAUCCUGGUUAUGGUAACAAAUCUGCCACUAGCCUUUGGUGGCCCAUUUGCUUCGAUUAUUUUUUUAAUUGUCUACAAAAUCUGUUCAGGAACGAAACAUUUAGAGGCGAUUUGGAGAACUGUUUUUGCUCUCGGUUGCUUCUGGCCUUUAACAGUGUUUUAUUUUAGAUGGAAGACUGCUACUACAGAAGUUUAUGAAAAAGGUAGAAUCAAAAGGAACAUACCGUAUGUUUUAGCUUUAAAAUUUUAUUGGAAAAGGUUACUUGGUACAUGUGGCACCUGGUUUAUGUACGAUUUUGUCACCUUUCCAAAUGGUAUUUUCAGUUCAACAAUUAUCAGUUCUGUUAUUAAAGAUCAAAAUGAUUUGGUAAAAGUUGCUGAGUGGAACUUGCUACUAGGGGUUCUAGCUGUAUUAGGUGUUCCAAUUGGUGCUUAUUUGUCAGAUCGUAUUGGUCGUAAAUAUACAUUAAUUAUUGGUUUCUCUGGAUACAUCAUCUUUGGCCUAAUCAUAGGUUGUGCGUACGACCAAUUAUCAAAAAUCACCCCACUAUUCAUCAUCUUCUAUGCGCUCAUGAAUAUGUUAGGUAAUGCCGGACCAGGCGAUAUGCUUGGUGUUAUUAGCAGCGAAUCAUCAGCAACCGCUGUUAGAGGUGUUUUCUAUGGUAUAUCUGCGGUAACUGGUAAAAUCGGUUCUGUAGUGGGUGUUGAAUGUUUCCAACCAAUCAGAGACAAUUUGGGUGCAAGAUGGACAUUUAUUAUUGCCGCAAUUUGUGGUCUUGUUGGUGUUCUUAUUACAAUUUUCUUUGUUCCACAUUCGCUCGAAAAUGAUUUAAUGAAACAAGACGUUGAAUUUCAUAACUACCUAGUAUCCAAUGGCUGGACUGGUAAGAUGGGAUUUGAUGAGAUAGACGAGGAGUCUGUUGUUAAGAGUUUURAAGAUGAAGGUAAUAGUACUGAUUGUAAUGAGAAAGCUACCGAGAUAAUCUCAGUCAAACAGGUUAAUCAAGGUUAA